AUGGGAGCGGUCGAAGAUGCAGUGGAUGCGGCAGCCAACUUCAUCGGCCCAUUUGUCGAUAAGGACCGCAAAUACAGUGCUGACGUGCCUACCGAUACUCUCGUCGAGCAAGCGCUCGUCCACCUCCAGGCCAUCAACACUGCAGACCUAGCUGCAGAUCCAAAUGCACCCUACGAUGCUUCCCUCGCCGGCGUGGUGUACGGUCUCGUAGAUCUCAUCACUAUUCUGGCAGUGAUCCCACGUUUGUCUUCCGGUGUUGCAUUCGGUCAACGGCCAAGGUCAGUCCUGACCGCUGUAAUCUUCACGCCACCGAACAACAAUUUAGAGGCGUUGGCGGCGGUCAUCGACGGUUUGCUGCCCAUGAUGGAGCAGAAGGGCUCAGGUGUACAACCGCUUUUGUCCCAAAGAAUCCUCCCGGACAUCAUUUCUGCAGUGGCUGAGCUAUCCUACUCUCCUACGUCGUCUGAGACAGCGAAGUCGAGGUAUUCGAAAACAUACGAACAGAUCAUGAAGGAUACUCCAACAUCACGACUUCUCCCCAUCUUGACUACGUUCCUCCAGCAGGCUCUUCCUACCUGGCUCAAACCUGUCAUAUCUUCCGAGCUCUCGCUAGUACCCCUUCGAAUCCAAGGCAGCGCAUCAGGUCCUCAAUCACAGAUACCAAUCCCACUAGAGGCUGUUUCGCAAGCUUCGAAGCUACUAGUUCUACCACCGAGCGGGAUCAGUCAGGACGAAUGGCUCGUGAAGAUUUCUCCUCAGCUAUUGCAUCUCCUAGAUGGUAGCGAGGGCAAAGAGCUCAGUCGAGCUGCUGGGCAGAUCAUCGCUGGUGGCAUUCUCAGUAAGAAGACGACUGGCGCACCGGGAACCAUGGGAUGGGACACGUUUGCGAAGCCCUUGUUCCAAGCAAUCUACCCAAAGAAUGUCAUCGCAUCGAAGUCUGAGCAGACCGUUGUAUCGGAAGAGGAUCUCGAGACGGCGCUCAGAAGACUGAAGACAAUUCUUUCAUCGUAUUCUCAUGGCGGACUGAUUCGACGUCUCAUUCACCCCAUCAUACUUCCGCUCUGGGCGUUGCUCAACUACGCGAAAGAUAGGCCCUCUCUAGACAAAGAAUGGAGCAUGCUUCCAAGUCUAAUUCUUACGCGUUACAUGGAGGUUGCCUGCGACACCAAACAGGUUGACAGUAUCGCGACGAACCUCUUCUGGGAUGGCGAUGGUGACUGGACAUUCGGGCCAGGAUCUCAAGGCGGCGUCGAGAUUCGCACUCGCACAAGAGAUCAGAGGGGAGGAAUAGGAACGAUGGAAGGUAUCUUCGGACGCAUUAGCGACUUGGACAAUAGAGUCACUGUUCUCAUUACUCUCUUGACAGAAGCCAACAUCGCAGACGACACAGCUGGGUCCAUCUUUGUGAACGCCACCAAACGGUGGCUCGUACCAGAGAAACCCGUGACUAAGUCGCUCACCGAAGACGAUAACGAAGCCGAUCCUCUUUCGGCGCUUGUCGAUGCGAAAUUAUCAGAAGCUUUAGCACAGCGAUUCCAGGAGCACUUUGCCAGAAGUCCACAGCAUAUCGUCGAUCUCGUCGCACAGCUGAUCCAGAACUACGUGAGCGAGCAGAAAACUCGAAAAGACAAGUCAGACAGACUGCGUACAUCGAAAAGGGCAAUGCUUGACAACAUUGUACGGAAACAAGACAUGACAAAAGAGAGUGAAGAGGGUGAGGCCGAAGAUGAAGACUUGGUGUCGUUCGCAUUGAGUAUCCUUAACACACUGCUUGCAUCGUCGGAUCUCAAGAAGACGCCCGCAGUCACCGAGACUCUGCAUGCACUUCUUCCAUCGCUAGCAUACCUUUCGCAACCGCAGUCGUCAACAUCGUCUAUGAUAAGCAACUCCGCCACCACAGCUCUCCACCUUAUUGCUCCCACCCCGACAACGCCGUCAUCGACACAGAAAUCAACAACCGACCCACUGAACGAACAUCGCAAAACCUUGAAGACUUGCUUCGCCGAGCUGCAAUCACCUGAUCCACCAAACCGAACCUGGGCACUGAACACAGUGCAUAAGCUCCUCAAGAACCCUACCGCGUUUCCGGCUAUUGACGUCCCAUCACUCACGCACACGCUUUUGUCAGCUUCACUGGCAGACCCAGAGUCCUACGUCCACUUAGCCGCCAUACCCGUCUUUGUCACUUUGGCCACCCGCGCCCCAAAGCCCGUGGUCGGCCUACUGGCCGACGCGUUCAUCGACAUCGAUGAGCGAUCACUGAAGCUAGCGCGGGGGAGGCAAACAGACGAAAAAGAGCGGGAGCUGAGAAAUGCUCUGGACUUUAGGCUACGGGUCGGAGAAGUGCUGAACAACUUUGUCGGCGAAGACAACUUUUGGGCUUCACCUGAGCAUAGCGCGCUACAGCAUCGAUGCGCAAAGCAGAUCACGGAAGCUUGUCUUUCGCUGGCGAGUCGACGUGGUCAACGAACACAGACGUUGUCGGCACGUAACGAACUCGCGGACAGCGAACGGAAGCUUCGAGAGGAAGGCGAAGCUGCUUGGGGUGGACCGAUACCCAAUGUUCUCGAGCCCGAGGGCGCAGAUCCGCAGGUACAAGCGGAGUAUGAAGCGCUCCAGAAGAUCGUCGGUGGAUGGGAGGAUACUGGUAUCGAAGAAGACGUUCGUAUCCGCGCUUCUGCGCUCAGCGUACUGUCUACUGUUAUGGAACAUCGAUUGGACGUUCUGCGUCAGCCUGUUGUCGAUGCGACAUUGCAGAUGGUGUUGUUAGUGCUUGCCAUGGAAAGAGAGGAGUCAAAGGCGUUGUUGCGUCGCUCGGCUGUGCUUGUCGUGAUGGGCUUGUUGCACGCCAUCGACGCAGGGAUCGAGAGUGGAAAGGAAAGUGCGGUGGGUCUGAACUUGAAGCAGCAGGAAGAGGUCGAGCGGGUGGUGAAAUGGGUUAGAGAUGAGGACGCAGACGAGCUCGUAAGAGACCAUGCCGCGAACGUCGUGGAAGGUCUCGAAACGAUGAGGAUGAAGAAGCUGUAUAAGAUUGGAGAUGAAGGCCUAAGGCUGGGACGGGAUCUUGGCCUAGAAGGAAACCUCCGAGGCCUCAACGUCCAGCCUCAGACUGCGAAUGGGGAGGGUCAGAGGAAGAUGGUCAUAGAAGAGAUCGAAUAG